UCCGCUCCUACUCCACAACCACAGCCACCUCCGCCACGGUAACCACCGCCACCAUCACCUCGUCAUCGGGCAACGCCGAGCCCGUCCGUCCAGUUCGGUGCGCGCGCCAGACGACCGCUCGCCGUGGUCGCACAAACUCAAGCCCCGCGUUGUACCAGUCAGCCGCGUCAUUCCGCUCCACCAUCGCCAUAUUUUGCCGUUUGGCGCCCAUUUCGAUCCCUGUUGUACCCACCACCCAUCAGUGACGACGUUUUUCCGAUCCGUUUUACGCUUGACAGAAUAUUAAUAAUAUAUAUAUAUAUAUAACACACACACUCGCGCGCGUACGUAAACUGCAGUGCCGCACGUAUCGGUUGUUAAUUUUGUUUAUAAUUUCGUUUUUUGUGUUCCUUUCGGACAAGUGCGCGAGAAAACUGUUUACUGGCAAACGCAGUGGUGUGCGCCUAACUACCUGUCUACACGCCAUCGUCUCGUAUAUGACGCAGUAGCCGAUUGCUGUGAUGAUGCAGGACGACGACGACGACGACCGCGGUCGACGACGUAAUCAUCUCCGUCACUGAAGGACCCACAUGAAGUUGCAGAUAUUAUGUGGGCGCGCGAAAUGUAGGCGUCGGGCGAGCUAGCAUGCGGAGCGCCAGCACAGUGAGCGGCCCUCUACUGUCUGUUUCAACGCCUGCCAGCCAACAAAACCGGUUCGCUGCCGUCCACCUGCUCACUGGCCAAUUAUUGUAUUUCAUUGUCGAGGGUAAAUCUCGGGUGAAAGAAGUCUUCUCACAGCUGAUGACUUACAUGAUUGCUCAAGGAAUGCAGGAGGUCGAACUGUUCGCACUGGCAUUUAUUCUAGACGAAGAAUAUUUUUUCACUGACCCUGAAAGUAAACUGUCUAAGUAUUCGCCAAAAAGUUGGAAAUCUUCUUCGACAUAUGGUCUCGAUCAAAACGGCCAACCUCUACUCCAGUUGCAUUUACGCGUCAAGUUCUACGUCGACACUACUAAAUCUCUACGCGAUGACAUCACCCGGCAACACUAUUACCUUCAGCUGCGCAAAAAUGUCGCGGACAGGGGCGGCCCCACGGAAGACGGCGACCACCAGAACGUACUGCCGCUGGUGGCACUCGGCCUGCAGGCGGACCUCGGCGAUCACACGGCCGACACUGACAUAUCGUCGGAGCUGCUUGACCAGUAUCUCCCACCGAAGGCGUACAAGAUUAAUGAGCACAAGGUGAAACAGACGUUGUGCACUCUGCACAAGGGCCAUAAAGGAAUGUCCAAGACUUGUGCGCAGACAAUGUUUCUCCAGGAAGCUGGUGUGGUGCAAAAGUCUCACCUAUACCGGUUGCGGUUGAACAAGUCGCAGCCGAAACAAAGUCAGGGAUGCGCGAUGUCCAUAUGCAACAGCGUGUUUUUGGCCAUUUCUAUCAACGGCGUACAGAUGUACCACGAAAGCUUAUCGCAAGCGCUCACUGGUUUAUUCUUGUGGAACACCAUCGUCAAGCUGUGUUUUGACCGUAAAAAAUUCGAGCUGAGGCCAUCGAACAUAGAUCGGUUGGUGUACUACACGAAUUCUGACGAGAAGAGCAAGAGGAUAUUAGCACUGUGUCGAGAAACUCAUCAAUUUAGCAUGACAGUACACCCGAGGCUUUUGGACGCGUUUUUGAACAACAACACAUCUGAUAAGAACGCGUUCGACGGGCUGAAAUGGACCAACGAUAAGAAAUCAAAAUCGAAAAAAAACGAUGACGCCAUCGAAAACAAAAAAUGCGAGAACGGCGGUUGCUCCGAUUCCAGUAUUUCGACGGCCGACCCGAAGACCUCUAUUUCCAAGGACAAGGUGCCCAACGGAAGCAUAUCGUCCAGCGUGGAGCUGGGCUACAGUCACACGGCUCAGAACUCAGCCAUGUCCGAGCUGGACUACUCGGUGCAGUCGGCGCAGGACAGCAGCGACGCGUACCUGAUGUACAGGCACCCGAGGGCCAGGGCGGCUUACGUGGACAACAGCAACCAAUCGGCGAACACCAGCAGUGGCGUGUACACGUGCGCUAGCUACAGCACGACGUCCAAGGACAUGGCGUCCGCGUCGUAUACCACCGAGAACUGCAGUGUGGACUGCAACCACGUCGGCGGAAUUUACAAAGCUACAACAGUCGCGGCCGCUAUGCAGAAAUCGUCCACGAUGGCGCAGCAACCUGACGCUGACUCAGCGUACAGCGCAUCAUUGCCGCCGGACACGGUGGCGGCGUCGUCCACGUCGGCGGACGAGGAAGGUCGUCCGAUGGGCCACGGUCAGCAGACCACAGCAGUCGACGACUGCGACGGGGGCUGUGGCGGCACCGACGAGCUGUACGACCUGUCAGCCGCGGCCACCAGCGACAGUUCAUAUUGCGUCGGCAUCGCCACGACCGCCACAACCGCCUCCGAUGUGGCCCUGUCGUCGGCAUCGUCGUCCAAAUGCGGCGAUACUGGUUGCAGUAACCGGUGCGCGCUGGACGGUUACGCGGACGUGGGUGGUGCGGCGACCGGCGGCCGCAGCCGUAGCGGUUCAGUGGUUAGUAACUCGGGCAGUUUCCGCGGUGACGGCAGCGACCCAUCCGAGGGCGGGCGCGGCGCACUCCUGUCCGCCGUCGAGCUGUCCGACCUGAUUGUCGGUCGUAAGUCGUUACAGACGCCCCGCAAGGGUUUCUAUCCGUCGCGGCCGACCACCAGCUCGACACUAGACUCAGACUCAGAUUACGUGACGUUGCCCCCACCGAUGAACUUCGUAACCGGUGCCCCGUCCUUGUCCAACCUAUCACUGGCCAACUUCGACUGCGGCACCGGCACUGUGGCCCCGCACUGGGACGUCCGUCGGUCGCUUGACCUGCUGUCCAAUGUGGUCAAGUUUUGCGGUGGUCAUCACCAUCACCAUCACCAUCACCAGUGCGUGCAGGUCAACAGCAACAAUUACUUGGACGUGCAUAAGAGCGGCGCAGCGUUCUAUCACCACAUCUACCCGGCUGCCGCCUCCGUAGCCUCGGUAGCGCCACCGCUUCUGCACGCUCGACAACCACCGCCGCCCCCACCACCACCACGGCCCAAGCGAUUCGACUUGCAGCUGGAACAAUACAAACAGCAGCUCCGGUCCGAUGUCGAUUUCGUCGUGUAUCCGCUCCAAGAUCCGGCGGUCAGCCGCCAAGAAUAUGUGGACGCCAAGCUGGCCCGUGGUCGUCGGAACCAAUACCACAGGUAUUACGGCUGCGACCCGCCGUCGUACCAGGCCAACGCACACCUGUAUCGAAGCACACCAAACGUAGCAGUCGCAGUGUCACCGCCCCCGCCACCACCGUCCUCGUCGUCAGCGUCGUCGUCGUCGCUGUCCCACCAGCAGUUCCAACACCAUCAUCACCACCAUCACCUGCUCAGUCAGCAGCAGCAACUGCAGCUGCAGCAACAGCAACUACAGCUUCAUCAACAGCAACUGCUGCUGCAGCAACAGCAACAGCCACCGCCGCUGCCUCCGUUGCCGCCACACUUGAAAUACGCUUCCAAUCAAAACUUGCUGUUCCCUGCCACCGUGGCCGCAUCCGCCGACUACGCGGCGCAGCACCAUCACCACCGCCGUCACAGGCUGCAGCCGUUGCCGCUUCCCGUCCGAACGUACUCUCACGAUGACUUACUGGCGGCCACUACGUCGGCACCAGCCGUACCCCCGAAAGUUCAGCUGUUCCAUCGACGGCCACCACCACCACCACCACCAGUGACCGAACUCCAGAAGCCCGCGGCUGUUAUCCACCCUCGUCGCCCCGCUGCUGUGGACGCCGCCACCACCACCACCGCUGCCACCACCACCAACGGCGCCACCACUCCUACGGGGUCCCAGUCGGUGUUGGACAUCUUAUUAUUGCGGGAGAAAAGCCGCAACCUGGACUUGCCACUCAUAUCAGCUCUGUGCAACGACCAGACGCUGCUUAAGCAAACCAACGCCCUGGUGACCGAAAACAAGGCCACGCAAACCGUGCCCCCGCCUUCGUCGUCCCUUUCCGCCGCUACGGCCCUCGCGGCGUCUUUGUACCAGCCACUACCACCGCUGUCUUUAUCUUCGUACCAUCAACCGCCACCACUGCCUUCGUCUUCGUACCAACCACCGCCGCUGCCGUCGUCUGCGGAACAGACGCAGCCGCUUCAGAGUGGCGCCGCAUCCUCCAAUAAGCCGAAUAGCACGAGGUGCACCAACGGUACGUCGUCGUAUUCGUCGCCACCGCCGCAGAGUUUUAUAUCGGCUUCGGCGUCGUCUUCUGUUGUAGCCACCGCCGCCGUUAAGACGGCCAAAUCAAAAACCAACCACGUCAAAACCAACACAAAUAUUAUUUAGUAAUUACCUAUAGUUUAAAUUCCAUACAAUUACCUAUGAAAUAUUUUUUUAUUAUAUAUUUAUAAAAGCGAGAAGUAGAAGGGUGUCCGAGUAAGAUGUUUUUUAUUUUUUUAGGGAAAAGGAACCCUAAAUAUAUUGUUGGUUAUCCGGGGGAAGGGGGGGGGGAGAGGGAGAAGAGAGAGAGAGAGAGAGAGAGAGAGAUUGCCUUAGACAUUAUCCUAAUAACCAUAUUGGAGUUCGGACGCUUAUUGUUUCUCGACGAACGCACGUGUUUAGGUUUUAUUGUUUGUAAUGAAUCGGGAACGUGGGUUUUCAGUAACAUUCCGAUCCAGAAUGACAUUAUAUGCUAUAUUUCAUUAUCUCGAUUUUCCAACGAUUGUCUUAUAAUAUUCAUAGAGGUCUGUCAAAUGUGUAACCACCAGGUUACCUACUUUGGUUUUUACUCGGACACCCUCUGCGCGCGUAAUUUAGUAUCGUUACCUUAUAAUAUUUAUUUGUGCCAAUUUUAUUUUUAUACAUGUGUAUACUACACGAAUGAUAAGAUGAUUUUUUUAACACUCGUUACACAACUCGCAUCGAUUUUGUAAAUUUUAAGGUUACAAUAUUUAUGUAUUAUAUAUAUUAUGAAAAACUAUCAGUAUAGGAUUAAUUGUACAAGCUCGGGGCAUAAGUCACUUGAAACAUAGUUUUUAUAGUUCUUAUGCUCCGAUCAAUUUAAAAAAUGGUAUACCUACUCAAAAUUAGGAUUACUAUCAAUUAUAUUAUUAUUAUGUCGAACUUUUUUUUUUAACGGUCUUCCACGAAUUUCGUUGUUUUUAAUGUACUGAGCAAUACGUACAAUAAUUGUACUAAUAAUAAGCCAUUUUUUGUAUUAAUAUUAUCCAUGGCCGAUAGACUGUUAUUUUAGCACCGCCAUAAAUAUUAAGUGUUUGAUUGUUAGUAUUUAAGAUAUUAUAUGUGUCAAUUUUGAUUAAACUCUAGACUUGAUGUAAUGUGCCAAAAAAUGAUUGGUUCAUAAUCGUACAAUUCAGUUAUUCUAACAUAUAGAAAAAAUUUAAAUAAUUAUAGCCUCGAUUGCCUAUUCUUUUGUUAUAGGACCAUAAUAGGUUAAUAUUAUAAUAUUAUUAAUUUUGUAAUAUUUUUAUGUACCCUCAUAUUUGUGCUUACUUGUGUUAAUUAGUUACCUAAAAAGUGCCUCCUCAUUUUUUACAUUUUUUUAUGUUAUUAUUAAAUAUUAUCAAAACACUAUUUUUUUUUUGUAUAUUGAAGAAGUUACUUUUAACUUUUUAGUAUUUAAAAAUCAGUACAAAAUAUUGCACAGUAUUAUUUUGUUUUUUUCUUUUUAUAAAAUUGUAUAUUUACGUAUUUUAGAUUUGAAUAAAUAUUAUCUAUUGUAACAUGUU